GCUAGUGAACUGUGGCGGGCAAAGCCAGGCGCGGCGGCGACAGUGGACAGGUUGGAGUGGGGGCAGGGGCGGACGUGGGAGCAGCCCGGGACCAGAGAGGUAGCCUGAGCCCGGCCAUCUCCAGCCAUGUCCGACGAGGCAUCAGCCACCACUUCGUACGAGAAGUUUCUGACCCCCGAGGAACCCUUCCCGAUUCUUGGACCCCCUCGCGGGGUGGGCACCUGCCCGAGCGAGGAGCCGGGCUGCCUGGACAUCAGCGACUUCGGCUGCCAGCUGUCCUCUUGCCAUCGCACCGACCCCCUCCACCGCUUCCACACCAACAGGUGGAACUUAACUUCUUGUGGAACAAGUGUUGCCAGCUCAGAAUGCAGUGAGGAGCUAUUUUCAUCAGUUUCUGUUGGAGAUCAAGAUGAUUGUUAUUCCCUGUUAGAUGAUCAAGACUUCACUUCUUUUGAUUUAUUUCCUGAGGGGAGUGUCUGCAGCGAUGUCUCUUCUUCUAUCAGCACAUACUGGGAUUGGUCGGACAGCGAGUUUGAAUGGCAGUUACCAGGCAGUGACAUUGCCAGUGGGAGUGAUGUGCUUUCUGAUGUCAUACCCAGUAUUCCAAGUUCACCUUGCCUGCUUCCUAAAAAGAAAAACAAGCAUCGGAAUUUAGAUGAGCUUCCUUGGAGUGCAAUGACAAAUGAUGAACAGGUGGAAUAUAUUGAGUACCUGAGUCGUAAAGUCAGUACUGAGAUGGGUCUUCGGGAGCAACUUGAUAUUAUUAAAAUAAUUGAUCCUUCUGCUCAAAUCUCUCCUACAGACAGUGAGUUUAUUAUUGAACUUAACUGUCUCACAGAUGAAAAACUGAAGCAGGUCAGAAACUAUAUCAAGGAGCAUAGCCCUCGCCAACGGCCUGUAAGAGAGGCCUGGAAGAGAAGCAACUUUAGUUGUGCAAGCACCAGUGGAGUGAGCGGUGCCAGUGCCAGCAGCAGCAGUGCCAGCAUGGUCAGUUCUGCAAGCAGCAGUGGGUCCAGUGUUGGAAACUCUGCUUCAAACUCCAGCGCCAACAUGAGUCGAGCACACAGCGACAGCAACUUGUCUGCAAGUGCAGCAGAGCGGAUUCGGGAUUCAAAAAAGCGAUCCAAACAGCGGAAGUUGCAGCAGAAGGCCUUACGCAAGAGGCAGCUGAAAGAACAGAGGCAGGCUCGGAAGGAGCGGCUCAGUGGGCUCUUCCUUAACGAAGAAGUGCUGUCCUUGAAAGUAACCGAGGAAGACCACGAAGCAGAUGUAGAUGUUUUGAUGUAAUAAGGGUGAAGUUAUCAGCAUUCUUUCUAAGCAUUAAAGCAUUCUAUUCUUACUCGUUUACAUGCAUCUUGACCAAACUUUUGGUUAGGGCUGUGCUGAUGUACCAUUAAUAAUUUAGGCCAGUGGUUCUCAGCAGGUGGUCCCUGGACCAUCAUCUUCAGCAUCACUUGAGAAGGUGUUAGAAAUGCUUACGACCGGGCCCCACCCCAGACCUAGUGAAUCAGAAACCCCAGGGGAGAGUCCCAGCAUUGUGCUGUAACAAACGCCAGGUUCUUCUGUCGUGCACGCUAGUUUUAAGAACCACUGAUUCAGUAAAUCUUUUGACUAUUUAAACUUUAGGGUGGUUAAGUAGGUUUUUUCAAAUAGUAACUUUAAAGUUUAGAAGAUUUCAAGGUACUGCUGACAAGUAGUUUAUUAUGUCAGUAUAUGUACAUGUGUAGAGAUCAUAAUUCAGUUUCCUUAAUGUUAUGAUUUCUUAGUUUACUUUUUCCAAAGGGCCACAGCGUAAUUCUCAGUUUCUAGUGGAAGUCUUUUUUUUGAGGUUGUGGGGAUGGAGUGUGGACUGCUGUUUACAAUAGUGCCUUCAAUAGGUUUAGUUCUAUCUGUUUUCAUUAAUUAUUAACUCAGAAGUGUAAAAACAGGCCCUACUAUCUUUCCUGUUAGGUUUGGUUUUGUUUUUCACUUUAUGUACAUUUAGAAUCCUUUCUGUAAGUGAUGACUACUGAGGAAAUAGUGUUACUAAGAGCUGAAUUUUAGACUCGAUGCUAUGUUGAUUAAUAUUCAAAUGAGAAAGCAAUUAAAACAACUCAUUCUACUUUUUAAGUGCUUUCUGAAGUUUAAGGCUGUGAAACUGUCUUAAAGGCAGAAAAUAUCUCAAGUUCUUUUUGGAGGUCUUUUUUUUUUUUUUUUUUUUUCCAGCACAGCUCUAAUUUUAAAAUAUUUGGUAUAACAGCAUCUGGCAUGUGAACAGGUUAAUGUUCAAAAUUAACUAAAGGAAACCCUUACAGUUCUGCUAACCUUACCUAUAAAACUUUAGAAAUACAUAAAGCAGUGAUAUAUUAGAAAAGAAACUUAGGUUGUUGGUGGUUAAAGUAGAACUAAUUUUAAAUGUGAAAUCAUGGAGUUUCUUUAAAUGCUUUCAUGGAGAGUUUGUUAUGAACAUUCAAAGUAGUGUGACUCCUUUUCUUCUACCACACAUCUUUAAUCAUUCACAUGGGCUAACGAAGGUGGAAACUGAUACUACUGACAAUCAAGCUGCUUUCUGAUUUUCAUAGUUUUUAUUUUAUUGUAGAUAACUUUUGGAAGGUAAUCAUGAUACUAUAGGAGUUGCAGUCAGUAUUUUUAAAACUGGAGUCAGAAGUUGAUGGGAAUUUCUACUUUUUUUUAACUUUCUAAUUAUAGCAAGUAACUUGUUAAGAUAAAGAUUAAUGACUUAAAUUAUUAAUUUAAAAUUCUUAAUCUAAAGGCAUAACCUUUUGCUUAUAGUCAUGUGUUUUGAAAAUUUGAUUUCAUUUUGGUUCCUUGAAGAUUAAAGAAUUGAAACUGAGGAUAAAAAUUGAUAUAUUGCAGCUUUGCUGAGGUCUAUAACAUUUUGAAGACCAUUAUACUUUAAAAUGUUACUAAAAUAAAAAAUAAAAGUAUAUAUGCAUAUAUGGUUAUCAGGUGGAAUAGUUUUUCUGACUUUCCUCUUACCCCUCUUUGGUGCUCCUAACCAGCUUAGAGAGCCCAAAGAGAGCUUGGGGAUAGACCCCAGAAUUCUCUGAGGAAGGUGGAAAGGUAAAACUCAUGUUUUCCCUUUCAAGUAUAGGGAGAGUAAAUGGAGAGAAGAGCAAAUACAGCUGAAUUUUCUGUCUGCUCUUAGCAAAAGCAGAUUCUAGCGAAUGAUUGUUCUCUUUAUCUGCUAUUCAAGAAAACAGGCCCCUUUUGGAGACCACAGAGCAGAAUUUAUCUGUUAAACACUUUGAAACAGUUUACUUGACAGUGACCAGUAAGAGAAAAUCCUAAACAGGGUUGUGAUGUAAUAAAGCUAAUUUCUCUACUCUCCCAACAAUCACAUAGUCUUAUUACCUCAGAUUUAACUUAGGUCACUAUUAAACAAGUUUACCAAAGCACCACAAAGCCAAUUUUAAAAGUAUAUAAAGGUUUGAGAGUUUAUAGUAAAGUGCACCAUGAAAUUUUGUGUAAAUCUGGGUGAACUGUCUUUAUGGUACUAUAAAUUAGAGAUAGCUCAUAAAGUGGGUUUGGAGGAGAUUGAAAUACUUCCUUUGAUUAAAAGAAAAAAGUAACACAACUUGGGUUUGCGUAUGACUGAAGAGGGAGAUUAUAAUGUUUUUUUCCAUUCCCCUUCAAAAAAACCCAGCAGAAAAAGACAAAAAGUUCUGUUGUCUUUGUUAAUGUGCUAUACCCUUGUUCUAAUGCCUCGUGUAGAUAAUUUAAAUUUGAAUUAUUUCUUUCUUGGAAUAAAUAAUAACUUAUUCAAUCUGUUAUAUCUCUGAGUUCAAUUUAAAACAAACCCAACUCUGUUUUUUUUUUUUUUCUUUUUAAAUAUAAGCCCCAACUAAGCCUUGUUAACAGAGAACAUGAUAAAGUCCUCUCAGAUUUUUCCAGAAACAUUUUAUUAAAGAUCUUGUAUGUAUGUCAAUUAUAUUUCAAUAAAAAGAAGAAAAAGAAAUAUAGAAGUUGUCAGUCCCCACCACAGCUUUUUAAAGUAUGAACCCCAAGUUAAACAAAAUGCCAUGUCUUUUUUAGAUUUACAAUGGAAUUAAAGUAAGGUGGUGUAGUUUGAAGCAUAGUGGAGUAUAAAGGGCCAGUUCAUUGUUUUCCAACAAAAACUUAGAAUUAAAUGACACAUUUUUCCCCAUGAGACUUGUCUCAUUUUUUGUUAAGUUGUGGCUGUUUUUUCCAUUUCCUCAGUCCUUAAUAUUAAUUAGUAUUACUGAAUUAAUCCUAGAAACUGACUUGUAAUUUUGACUUUAUAGAUUGGGUGGACAUCUCAUUUUAUGGAGUUUUUAAAAGUGCUAAAUCCUCUCAUAAAGGCAAAAUUCAAAGAACCUAUACUAUGUAGGUAUCCAGAUUCUGAUAAGCUUUAGAAAUUGUGAAAUUUAUCAAAUAUGUUAAUAAUUUAUGCUUAAAAUAUUAGUUACUACAUGACAAAUAUAGAAGCCUUGUUUCCAGAUUCUCUAGCAGAGAUUUUUAUUUGUGGCUCACUCUAUAUAGCCUCAUGUGCCUUAAAGGUGAACUCCAUACUUUUUGUCAAUAUCAGGCUUUUCCAAACUAAAAAAUAAUCUAAAUGUUGUAAUUAGUUUUCUAAAAUGCCCAUGCUGUUGGAUAUUGGUAAGAAAAGCCAUUAAAUUGAACCAAUCAGUGGUAAUAGAGUAUAAGAAAACAAAAACCUUCAGAUUUUAAAUUUCACUUGCCUAACUAUGUUUUGACCCAUCUAGGUCAUUGAAGAACACUGAAAGUUAUCUAAAAUAUAGCUUAAUGUAUUCUUUUAUUUUUUCCCCCUGAAAAACAUCAUAAGCCAGAAUACUUUUUAAAACCAGGUAAUAAUUUUUAAUGCGAAAGUACUUCAAGAACAGAGAUUAUAUAGCAAGUUGAUUCUUUUGUUAACUUUAAGGAUUCUUUGCAUUCAUUUGUGUAAUAGCUGGAACACUCCUCUCCCCUUUAACAAAUUACUUUUUAGCACUCCUAUCUCCAAGAAAAAUGUUUGCUUGGAAUUGAAAGGGAGUUACUUAAAGUCAGUUUAUAGUUUGAGAGGGUUGAUAGGAAAAUUUCCAGUUUCAUUCAAAUAAUAGUAUUGAUGGUGAGCACACUGACAUUCAGCAUGUCUAAACUUAGAGGUAAAUUAAUCCUUAAAGGGACUGUUAGUUAAAAAAGAAGUAUUUGUAUAUACAUGUACUGUGGUAAUUUUGGAUUCAUUUUAAGUCUGACAAAGUAAGAUACAUUUUGUCUUUAUAAUGAAAAUAUGAUAAAUGGGUGAGAAGCAUCUGAGAGAUAGUUAAACGUAGGCAUCUGUCAGGAUAGUAUCUGGCACAUAGCUCCUUAGGGUGCUUAAUUCUUAAUUCUUUGGAAAAUAAUUUACUUAUUCCAAAAGGUUUAGAAGGAACUCAGAUUCCUCUAGCUGGGUGUUAAGAGUAAGGAAGUUGCAUGGUAUAGCUGAAGAUCUGAGUUGACUCACUAAAAUUUCAUUUUCAUAUUUUUCUAAUAUUAAAAUUAUUUUCAGCCCCCCUCACAGUUAUAUUUUAAAUUAAGGUUAUUAAUGUUUUAACCUAGCUCACAUUAUGAUAAUUAAUUUUUAAUUGACAUUCAUAUUGAACUCAGCAAAACUGGUUUGAUCUCAGAUUUCAAUAUGUAGUACGUUUUCUUUGUUGUCAAGUUUCGAUGUUGCAUCUUUGGUCAGUGGAAUCUAUGGAAAUAUGUGUUCUUUUAUGUGGUAAGGGAUGGGAGUGGAAAAGAGAAGAAUUGCUCUAAUUAUACAUAGGCAUUUUGACUAUAUAAAGGUAGUUGUAGACUUAAUCUGUAUAAAUGACAAGUUAAUAUUUACGUAUUCUGAAUUGUUCUAAGGAACAGUGGCCUGAAGCCAUGGCUUGUUUUGUGGAGCUGCUUGCUCUUUAAUGGUAGUUGACCAAUUGGAUUUAAGUUGAAACUUUGGGGGUAGGUUAUCUAGCUCAGGCUUUUAGGAAUAGAGCAGACCAGGUCUGUUCCUGUAGUGGAUCAAUUUAAUUUCUUUUUUAAGUACUCUAAUUUAGAUAUAGGCAUUAUCCAUUCUAAAUCUUUGGGUUGGGGGUUUAAUAAGACUGUUGUCAAAAGCUAUUAAGGAUAAACACAAAUACAUGUAAAACAUUUCACAGAUAGUUAAAAAUUUCCCUUUUUUGGUUUCAAAGGGUUAGUUCUAUAGCAUCAGUAUCAUAACCAAAGCAAGUAGGAAGUUGACUCGUUUGGAGAAUCUUCAAGUAGUCUUAAAUGCUGUAAUGUAUCAGAUUGUUAACCAGGAUUUUUUCCUGUAUUUCUGCUAAAUGUAUUAUUAUAUUAAGGCACUUUUGUAUAUAACUGUCUUCUGUACAUUCUGUACUUACUACAGUGCACAUAAAAGCUGUUUUUCCUGAAGCUGUGAGGGGGAAACAAUAGGUGUAACACAAGUCAUUUCUAUUUUGAGUUCCUUCUUGUACUUGAAAGUAGUAGUUCAGUAGUUAAAUCUAAAUGAGUGUGUAUGGUUGUAAUUAAAACUGGCAAUGUGACAGAACUGUCUUUUGAAACUGAAUAUCAGAAUGAAAAGAGUUGUUUCGCUUAUUAAGUACUCUUGUAAUAUGUUAAUUCGUUUUUUGUGUGUGUGUGUGUGUGUUUUUAUGUACCAUGAGUUUUUACAAACCCCAUUGCUGCUGAAUCCACUCCUUUCCAUGUUCCAUCCCAGAAAAUUUAUCAAGUGAGAAUUGCUCUCAUUUUUUUUGCUCACAGUUUGAUUAAGGCUCCAUAAACUUUUGUUUUGUAAAAGCCUCAAUUUCUCAAAUUUCAUUGACAAAUCAUUUUUUUCUGGAGAGAUCAGAUUUCUAUAGAGAUUAGAAUUCAAAGCAAUUGAAAAUUAGGUCUAACUUUUGUUUACAAAAAAUCAGAUCUAUUUUCCUUAUAUACUGAUCUAGAAUCUUUUAAAGUUGUAAUUAUAUAAAAGAAAUGGCUGUGAGCAGUUUUAUAUGUAGAUACAGAAGCAAUUCAGCUUUUCAGCAGCAACUUUAUCUCUUGCCGCUAGAGGGGGGUCUGGUUGCUCGCUCCUUCAGAAAAUGUCUUAGCUGCUUUUCUUUUGUUUUUUAGAGGUUGAAAUCAACCUCAUUCUCAAAAUUCCUUUUGUGAUAUUAAAUUCAUUUAUUAGUCUAAGGUGAGUUAAUUAAGCUUGUGUAAUAAAGCUAGUCUUACUCAUGCUUUUCUGUAAUCUUCAGUUUUUAAUAAAUGUUAGAUAUUAAGUAAAA